AUGGCGCCGGACAGGCAUCUGUCCAAGGAAACAGUGCAAGCAGUUGGUGUGAUAGGUUUGCAGGCAGCUGUAAGGAGGGCAGGCAGUGGGUGGUGUCCACUCACGUUAGCUACACCCGACGCUCCUCACAGAGCUGGUCUCCUCAAAGAUCCUGGCUCAGAUGUUUGGAUCAAGGUUUUAAGUUCCUUGGUUAAAUAUUCUUUUGAGCCUCAGGCCAUUCCCUGCAGCACAACCUGGAGGAGAAGCACAGCAAGCACUCCGUCUGCUCCGGAUGACUCCACGGUGAAGACUGAAGAGGAGAAGGAGAUGCUGAUGUUAGUGGAGCUGGAAGAUUUUCUAAAGCGCCGCUUUUCCCUAACCCAGAGUUUUGUCAAUGCCCCAGCAGGGAGUCAGCCUGAGCUGAACCAAGCAUUGCCUUUGGCCAGAGCAAAGUUUGCGUGAAUCCGCAGCACGUGGCUGGGAGCUGUGUGCCUUGCUUACAGGUGUAACUGGGAACGGAGCCCUGCAAAGCAACGUCCCGGAUCCCAGCCCGGCCCUGAGCUGUCCGUGACUCAACGGGAGGUACUGGAGGUGCCGGUGGUGCUCCAGCUGUGGGGUAACACCGAUGUACUCUUCCUAGGCACGUGGCAGGAAUUUGGCAAACACGUUUCUGCACUGAUGAAGGCGAUAGCGAAACGCCCGUACAAGAGGCAGCAGGAGAGGCACGAGUUGCCUUUCCGCACUGCGGGGACCUCAGGCAGCAGGGUGCGAGUGGAGAAGGAUGGCACAGGACCAUGGCAGGUGUGGGAGAGACAAAUCCAGCAGUUUAAUAGGGUCAGCCCUGCAACAGCAGCAGCGGUAGCAGAAGCACAUCCCUCCCCAAGCCUCCUGGUACAGGCCUACGAAGAGUGCAGCGAUGAUGAGAGGCUCCUUCUGCUGAGCGACAUCCCAGUGAAAUCAGACAUCAGUGGGUAGGACCGCCACCUUGGGACAGAUUUACCCACCACGUCUACCUCUUCCACUGACCCCGACCUUGUCCUGGACCUGAUGGCAUAGUGGGGCCGUGGGCUGCCUUGGUCAGCCCCAUCCUUUUUAUCUGCCAAAACUCAGCAGUCGCGGAGCUGCUGCUGGCAUGGCCGUGCAGCUGGGAGCCCAGCCAGUGGAAGCAGCUGAUUCUGUUUCAGAACAGAGCCUUGCACAUCAAUAAAUGUCUUGUUACAGAUGC